AUGAAAUUAAUACAAAUUUUAAUUCAAAUAACUUUAGUCAGUUGCAAUUUACAAUUAAAGGAAAGUACAGAUAAAAUAAAAUCAAUAUUAAAUAGGUAUAAAAUAAGACAGCGCAGAUGUUACAAUAACCUAGAAAUUGAUAAUUUUGUUGACACCACUGUGAAUUUUUUAAUUAAAAACGAAAGAUUUGGUGAUAUUUUAAAGAGUUAUAACGUUAGUGAAUGUGGAACCGGUUUGAAUGAUUUAAAAUAUUUGGAAAGACAUUUCAGCAGUUUGUUAUUACAUGAAGAUGUACCUGACGAACAUUGGAUGGAGUAUAAAACAGUGUUUAAUAAAUCAUACGGUUCCCACCAUCACGAGACAAUAGCUAAGAUAACUUGGCUUCAAAACUUGCAAUUCGUUGCGAAACAUAACAGGGAUUAUUUGUCUGGGAAGAAAUCCUAUUCUUUGCAGCUCAAUCAUUUCGGAGAUUGGCACGUGAAUGACUACAUAAGUGAAAUUUUGAAGCUAAUAUCCACAGUGCCUCUCUUAGAUCCAGCCAGAGAUUAUGGUCGAAUGGCAUAUAGACAAUUCCGUCAUCAUAAAGUACCAAGAUCGUUGGACUGGCGUAAUUUGGGCUUCAAACCACGCCGAGAGGAACAGUGGCAAUGCGGCGCGUGCUAUGCAUUUGCUGUCGCACACGCGAUGCAAGCGCAGCUCUACAAGAAGCAUAAGCGAUGGGAUGAACUGAGCCCUCAGCAGAUCGUGGAUUGCAGUUAUGAAGACGGCAACCAGGGCUGUAAUGGUGGCUCUCUGCAGGCUGCCUUUAGAUACGCUGCUAGAGAAGGACUCGCCAGAGAAAAGCAAUAUCCAUACCGUGGAAAGAAAGGGCAUUGUCAUCACCGUUGGGGAACAGCUCGUGUCCGUCCACGCCGCUGGGCGGUGCUGCCGGCUCAUGAUGAGGUGGCGAUAGAACGCGCGUUGGCUAACAUCGGCCCACUCGCUGUUGCUGUGAAUGCUGCACCUAUAACAUUCCAGCUUUAUAGAAGUGGUAUUUACGAUGACCCAUUUUGCGUACCGUGGCGAAUGAACCACGCCAUGCUACUGGUGGGUUAUACUCCUCACUACUGGCUGCUGCUCAACUGGUGGGGACACCGUUGGGGAGAAGACGGGUACAUCAGAAUACGUCGAGGUCUAAACACGUGUGGUGUUUCUAAUAUGGCCACAUACGUCGAAUUAUAGAAAAAAAACAAUAUACUAAGGAUCUAAAUUCAUUUUU